CUCUUUUUUUAUUCGUACAGCCACUAUAUCGUUGCAGCAUUUACAUAGUUAUAUACACAAAGGUUUAAAAAGGAAACAGAAACAAAGCCUCGCAUAAUCAUGUAUAAAUAUUGAUUGCCUCUACAAUAACACCCCUGAGCAAAAUCUACAACCAUAAUCUAUGAUGUAUUUAUUUGACUAACUACCGUUAUAUCGAGAAAUUUACUGAUGUAAAUAUUUAUCGUAUUAUUUGAGCGACUUUUUGGCCGUGCUGUAUCUAAAUUUAUCUUCGUGGCGUUUAUUGUACAUUGUGUCACACUUUGUGCAAUAAAGAAUAUCUAUUGUGGAGUCUUUUAACAUAUAAUAUGUACAUGUAUACUGGCGCAGGGCAAUGAAUAUUUUUAUAAACCUUAGUCUGUCAUUAGCAUGUGUGUUCAAAGAUGUCGAUAGCAAGUGGCAUCUAAUAUUUAUACUGGAACUAUGACCUGUUUAAUAUGAUGUUUAUCGCUAUUCCACUGUCGCAAAGCAUCACGGUAUAGCAAUGGAACUUGGCCAUUAGCUCAUUGAUAAAAAAUAUAUUGGGGUAUUUUCUUAAAACUUUUAACCCAAUUCCCUGUUUUAUUUUGUCUGUCACAAAAGAUAGGGUAUGAAAUUCAUCCUGAACCCAAAAACUGUCGAACAAGCUCAAGUGAAUUGUUUGCAAACACCUCUCUCCUCUCGGUUUUCGUGCUAGUAAGCGAUGUUUGGUCUGGAUAAAAGAUGCCACCACCAUCGGUCGGAGAUGUGUUGUUGCUGUUUGUGACGCCAUUUUACUAACCUUUUAGGCGGGGAAGUGUUUUAGAAAAUAGAAUUAUAACAAUACGCUGCCGAAUAUUGCGGUGUAAAUGCAGUAAACGUAAUCUGCAGAUCAUAAUUGAUGAUGAGUGGCGAGUAAAUUUUCUCUGAGAACUGGAAGAGUGCGUGUGUUUGUAACGAAAUACUGAACGUAAUGUGCCAGUGAAGUAAGAAGGGAACCGUGGAAAGCGUGUUUAAAUUUGGUUCUUCCUGUUGUUGACUCUCGCAGUGUGACUCGCAGUACACUGCAUACUACCCAAGUUGUGUUCCUGAGGUCGCAAAUAAUUUCGUCCGAGUGUAGAUGGACGUGCGAGUGAAAGUUGUGUAGUCAUACAUACCUAACAUCAAAUAGCAAAUUUUCCUUUGUGCUCGAUAAUGCAGUAGGAUUGUUGCUACCAUAGCGGACUCAAAAGGAUAUGCUUUUUUGUUGGAUAGAAGAAGUUGUUUCAUGGAGUGAGAAAGUAAUUCGUAUUAAAGAGAAUGACUGUAAGAUGAAUACUACUGGAAUAUUUGAUUGCGGCCUAUGAAACUUAUCUUGGCGAUUAUGGAGAGCACUGAAAUGCCAGAAUUUCUGCACAGAGGUAGCAUGGAUGAUGGCAAUAGUGACGCAGGUGGUCUGAGGGCUAUCUCAGAUGAUGAAUCUCUUACUGUUGAGGAUUCUAACAGGGAUAUCUCUCUGAGGAAAAAUGCCUUUGAACAGAAGUGUGGUAUUAAUGUAAUUAUGCAUACAGAUGACAAUAACAGUGACAGUGAAAUAUCUACUAGUAAUUUCUCUCCACACAAUGAAGUUGUAAAUGGAGUUUCGGAACUAUCAAAAGAUGGAAUAUCAGAAGAAGAAUCUAAAGAUGCCCAUUUUAAUGUAGAGUCAAGAAAUGGAAUGAACAAAGAUGAGGAUUCUAUUGAUGAUUUUUGUGAUGUUGGUGCAGAGUUCUCUUCGCAAGAUUUUGUUCCAAAAUCUCUAGGAUUGAAAGAUGAAAUAUCAGAAAGUGAGGAUGGUGGUGAUGGCGAUGGUGAUGAUGGUCCUAUUGCUGCUUUAAAGUGCACUGUUUCAGAUGAAGCAACAGGUGAUUGUCUGGAUGAAGAUAGUAGUAAUGCAAAAGUAAAUGUAAUUCAAGAAAAUGCAGUGACAAAUGAGCAGGACAAGAUGGAAAAGAAAUUGUGUUCCAGUGAGGCAUCAAAAAGUGGAUUGUGUGAUGAUUAUUACGCUGAUUGUGGUGAUGAAAAUAAUGACUGUCAAAGGAGGAAUAAGACAGAAAAAACCACAAGACCUUCAAUUGUAGAAGACUAUCUCUCAGAUGAAAAUUCAUCAGACAAAGAAACUUCUAAAGUUGUCUCUGAUGAUGAAAGUUGUGGAGGCAAAUUAGAAGACGGACAGUUUAAAGGAAUAUCCAGUGAGACUUCUUCUGAAGAUGAGACUGCCAAGGGAGGUACAUCUGCAGAUGGAAAAUUACACGAAAUUGAGAGGUAUACUUCUGAAGAUGAUGAUCCUAAAGAGGCUAUACGAGAAGGUAAACAGCUAAAAGAAAUCUCAGAAGACAAUUCUUCUGAAGGUGGAUCUGCUGUUGGAGACACAUUAGAUGAUGAUUAUGGCACCGAAAAAUGUAAUGCAUCUUCUGAACACAAUAACGACGAAAUUUCAGAAGAUGAGAGCAUAAAAAGCAAUCUCGGAGUACGAGAAGAUUCCUUGGAGAGGAAAACUUUGUCUUAUGGUGACUUGCAGCGCAGCUCUGCAGAAGAGUAUGAAAAGAGUGAUGCUUCAGGUAAUGAGAGUGAUGGUGAUUCAUCAGAUUAUUCCAGCCCCCACGAGAAUGAUUCCUAUGGCUUCGACGAGCAUGUCAAACCCUCAGGAGACGAACAUAUUUCUUCAUCCGACAGUGAAUCAUUUGAUAAAGCUUCUAUGAUAGAUUCUGAAGAGAAGUCUUCUCGUAGUCAUGACUUCAAACAUCAAACAACAGAGUGCAGUUUGUCUCCAAACAGACAUAAAUAUGUGGCUGUCAGGAAAGGGAAAACUGAAACUUUUAGUGAAGAUUCAUAUGAUGAUAAAGCUGUGAACAGUGGUUCAGAAGAUGUAAAAUCCCACAUGCAUCUUUCACAGGAUGUGAGUUGUGAGGCAAAUUAUGGGGAGACUGAAACAAAUAAUGAUGAAUGUAGGAGAGGCAUUCAGGCAACAGUUGCUGCUGAAGAUGAGAGUUCAAACCUGGUAACCACUGUUAACAUGAGAGAACAAAUAAGACGAAAUGAAAGGGGCACAUUUCAGACAGACACAAGAAUGAUGGAUUGUUCCUCCAGUGUAAGUAACAAAGGGGAUGAGAAUUAUGUUGAUAUGUCUCCUUCUAAUAAAGAUAAAAAAUGUGAUAUUUCAGAAGAGGAAGGCUCUGAAGUUGCAGCUAAUCUUGGCGAAGAAGCAAAGACUUUAUCUGAGACAGAGCUCCAUGGUGAGAGUGUACUUGAAUGUGAAGAUAAGGAAGAAGCACCAGGUUUAAAUGAAGAAAGAAGCAUGGGAAAUCAGACUUAUGAAAAUGUUUUAAAGGAAAAUAUGUGUGAAAAUUCCUUCACCAGAAAACCAGAAAAUGAAAAUGAUAAUUGUCAGAUCAGUUAUGAAGAAAAGUCAUUAAAGCCUGAAGAUGAAUCAGUAAAAUUAGAAGAUUUUAACUGUCUUUCCAAAGAUAAAUCUUCAGAACAUGAACAAAUGAAACAUCAAGACAACAGAACUAGUAGUGAUAGUGAAGAAAAUAAUGUACAAGGGAAGGAUACUGAUGGAACUGGAGAUACAUUGUCUUCUGUAUUUAAUAUUUCAGAUGAUGACAGAAACACAGACAGCCCUUGUCAAAUUUUGGACGAUAAUGAACAGAAGGAUGCAGGUUUGGAAGGUCUUAAUCUGUCAAUUGUACCACACGAUAAUCAUUCAGAUGAUGGAUGUAGUUCACAGGUUCAAGUGGAAAAUAUUAAAAAUGUUGCAUGGAAUGAUGAUGGUGGUGAUCUGUUUAGCUCUGGUGUUGAGUCCGUGGCAAAUAAUGAGUCAGACAACAGUGUCAGAAAUUUAGCAUCCCUUGAUGAGAUACGUGAGACUGAGACCUCAGAAGAUAUGAAUGCAGGUGAACACGAAAGAAAAGAAAAAGGUGAAAUUAUUGAUGAUAAUGACAAACUGUUCAAACAACAAAAAGAGACUAAAAGAGAUGCAGUUCAAGAGCAUGGAGAGGAAUGCGAAACGACUCAAAGUUUAGUUCAUGUUGAAAGCAAGGAAAGUGAUACAGGAAGUAGAGAAACUCAGAAUAGGGAAGUUAAUUUUAAAGGAAGUAAUAGUAAUGCUCUGUCUGACUUGCAAAUGGAAUCACUGUGUACUGAAAGCAGCAGAACCAUUUCACUUGAAGAAAAAGCAGCAGGUGUUCUGUCCUGCAGUCAGCAUGAUAGUUUGGUAAUUGACAAGGAGACGAUAUUUGUUGAAGAUAGUGUUGCUGUGGCAUUAGAUCGUCAUCAAAUGCCAUCUGCAUCUCAUUUAGCAGUUUCUGAUUUGAAAGAUAAAGCUGAUGUGGGGGAAAUGGAUUCUGGCCUUAUAUCUUCUGAGACGUGUGAAUCUGAAGCUGAUAAUUCACAGAGAAACUUAUUAGUAAAUGAUAAGCCAGAAAAUUAUUCUGCCAAUAGCACUGGCAAUAUAUCUUGUGAGACAGAUGAAUCUGAUGCAGAUGAAUCAAAGAAAAGUUUAUUAGGAAGUGAUAACCCAGAAAAUGUGUCUGAAGUUGUGCCUCCAAACAGAAUUGAAAGGCGAGUGGAACUCUUCGUCCCUAUUAAAUCAAAUACUCCAGAUCACAUGAAAAAUGAUGACACAGUUAAUGACAGGAAGUUUUGUUCAGACGACACUAAAUUAGAGGAUGCAGGACAGGAAGAAGAGAAAGAGGAGCAGCAUGUGCAGGAGGAGGAAGUGGAGGUGGAGGAAGAGGAAGAGGAGGUGGCGGAGGAGGAGGAGCGGGUGGACAAGGAGGAGCAGGUUGAGGUUGAGGAGGAGGAGCAGGUUGAGGAGGAGGAGGAGCAGGUUGAGGCGGAGGAGGAGCAGGUUGAGGCGGAGGAGGAGCAGGUUGAGGCGGAGGAGGAGCAGGUUGAGGCGGAGGAGGAGCAGGUUGAGGCGGAGGAGGAGCAGGUUGAGGCGGAGGAGGAGCAGGUUGAGGAGCAGCAGCAGAUAGCAGGGGAGGAGCAGAUAGCAGGGGAGGAGCAGAUAGCAGGGGAGGAGCAGAUUGCAGGGGAGGAGCAAGUGGAGGAACAACGGCUGGAGGAGGAGGAGCAGCAGCUGGAGGAAGAGCAGGCGGAGAAGCAGCAGGUGGAUGAGGAGCAGGCAGAGGAGGAGCAGGCAGAGGAGGAGCAGCUGGAGGAAGAGCAGGCGGAGAAGCAGCAGGUGGAUGAGGAGCAGGCAGCUGAGGAGCAGCUGGGGGAAGAGCAGGCGGAGAAGCAGCAGGCGGAGGAGGAGCAGGCGGAGGAGGAGCAGGCGGAGGAGGAGCAGGCGGAGGAGGAGCAGGCGGAGGAGGAGCAGGCGGAGGAGGAGCAGGCGGAGGAGGAGGAGGAGCAGGCGGAGGAGGAGCAGUUGUGUAAGGUGCAGGUGGAGGAUGUGAAGGAGGAGCAGAAGGUGGUGAUGGAGGAGGAGGAGGAGGAGGAGGAGGAGGAGGUAAGAAAUGAAGAAACAAAGGUUGGAGAUGAGCCAGCUGGCACUACCUAUCACAAAUGUGACAAUGCAUCAAAUUCAUGUCCUCAGAAUCCUGUGGAAGAAUCUGUACAGAAGGAUUUUAUCCCUCACGCUUCUAAAGACAAUUUAUCUCAUGAGGAAAUGUCACCUUGCACAGAGAUUUCAACUGAUCCUGCACAUGAAACUUCUGGUCUUCGUGUUGAAUGUGAAGGAGAAUUAAUCCAAGAAGAGACUACAAAUGUAAAUAAAAAAAUAAUUAUUGGACAAAUUUCAAAGGAUACGGCUUCUCACUCUGCUGCUGAAAAAUCAGAAAAUGUUGACAUUUGUCAAAAGCGUUCCAAAGAUGAAACAAUAGAUCACAUUGAGGAUGUGAAAGUAAGAGAAAGUGAGGAAACUGUAUCAGUAAAAAAUGGAAAUGGGCUAGAAAUAGCAGAUGAAAAUGUAGCUAGUGAGUACUUAACUGGAGUCCAUGAUAUAUCAGCUGAUGCGGGCAUUCAAUCAGAAUGUGCUGAAAAGACAACUAAAAUAGAAUUGCCAUUGACUAAUGGCACCGAUUUCCAGCAAAUGGUAGAAGGUGGUGUUAUGGAGACAUGUGAUUUAACAGAUACCCACACAGAACAGAGAAAAUCACACCAGGGAAAUAUAGUAAAUGAUAUACAGUCAGAACAAAUAGUGAAGAAGGCCAGCAUAUUGGAAAAUGAAACUGCAAGUGAUUAUGUGUCUCAUGGAGACCAAGUAAAUAAUGAUUCGAGAAAGCGGAAACUGUCUUCAUCACCAGAAGAUGAGCCCAUUUUGAAAGAGGGUUGCAGUCUUCAGUUCAAAGGCUUUAAGAAACGUAUACUAGCACAAGCUUCCUUGGAAGUAGCUGAUGAACAGAUGCACCACCAGCAACAGACACUACCAAAGCCUGAAGAGCUGCAGCCAGACUUGGUAGAUUCGUUUAGCACUCCACUCACAGAGUACGCACAAUAUCUUGGAUUGCAGCCAAUUGUAAAGUUCAAAUGUUAUCUCUGUGGAGAAACUGGCUUUCCAUCGAUCUUGUCGUUACAGGAGCACCAGUGUAGCUGUCUAAAGACCUCAGGAACAAGACCAGUCCUCCAGCAGCCUGCAGUACCAGACAUGGUAACAGCAGAAGGGGAGUGUCCUACUGUUGGAAUGGCAGCAGCUACAGCUGCAGACCCAGCUGAUGUUUCUGGAACACCUUCAACAAACUUUAGAAUCUCACGCAAAGUGUAUCUCUGCUCUGUCUGUGGUACAUACUACGAAAACUGGAAUCUUUUUCUUCAUAUGAAGGAGAUGCACCGGCGAUUCAUCUGCCUUUUCUGCUUGGCAAUGUUUACUGAUGCUGGAAUGUUGGCUACCCAUCUCUCUGGAGAGCAUUCAGUGACUGAUCGCUUGUAUGACACACAGGAAGGUUUUCGUGCAGAAAUCGCAGAUGAAGCAUGUUUUCUUGUCUGUUGUGAUUGUGAAAGAAUUUUUGCUCAUACUGAUAAUUUCUAUGAGCAUAUUUGCCCGACACCACCAUCUGUUGAAAAACACCUGCAGCACCAGCAACCACAAGACCCAAAACAGCUGCAGAAGCAUCGGCGACAACAACAAAAACAGAAGCAACUUGAACAAAGUAACCAGCAUAUACAGGGAAUGUGUUCUCUCUGUGGAUUGCGUGGAGCUCACUUUCCAACAUGCCGUCGGGCUUCGUCCAACAGCAAUGCCCUUACUACUCUUGUGGAUGGUUCUGGGGCUGUUACGGAACUAUCACCUCUAGAUGGUGAGCAUCAGUCAGAGAGACAACCAGUUACAAAGACAGACACAAUAAGGAAACGCUCUGGGAAGGGGAAAGUUACUUCAAAGACACUUCCAAGUGGAGACGUUGAAGCAGAAGCAGAUGGAGAUGAAGAUUAUGAUAUUAGUCAUGCAGCAAGUUUCUGUCAGAUCAACAUUCAUGAAACACCAGCUGAUAAACCUAAAGCUUCUGACCAAACCUCAUCAUUGACACCAGUGCCAAAGAUGACACUUAAGACAAAAAAUAUAACCACUGCUGUUCUUUCAAAUAACAGUGUCACAAAGAAAAAUUUUGUGUCAGUGGUGAAGCAAGAAUCUGAUACAUCUGGAAUUCACAGUAAAUUAGAAGAGACUCCUGCUGUACCAGAGUCCCAAAGACCAAAAAAGACUAUGGAAUCUACAACAGUGGCAAACAUAAAGUCAGGAAAGCGUGGUGCGUCCUGUUCACCUGUGCCCACAUCUGAAGGGAAGAAACCGAAAUUCGAUCAGUUAAAAGAUCAAAUAAAGGAAUCUGGUGAAGGCACUGAGGAACCUCGAGUCCAAACUUCGAGUCCAGUCCCAGAGUCAGAUAGCUCAAGCAGCCACAGCCAAGACUCUGAUCGUUUGCACAUAAAUACACAGGAAUCAGAAAGUGUUGACGGGCAAAGUUGUGCAGAUGAAGAUGAUGCAGCAAUGAAAGAUGCAGCAAAGGACCCUGAAGCCACUGAUGCAGAUAGAACAGAAGAAAAUUCAUCUUCUGAGAAACAGCCGACACCUGCCACUACAAAAACUGAACAUCCAAGGCAUAGAAUUUCUGAAUCUGACUCUGAAUCUUCAGGAUCACCAAAUGACAUUCCGAGCCACAAGAGUGAAGACUCAAGCUCCAGUUCAGAAGCAGAAGGGGUGUCUUCGAGUGAAGAAAGAAAACAAGACAUACCUCCAGAAGCUGAAACCAAGCAGAAAUCUGAAGAUAUGUCAGAUGAUGGGGGAGGAACAGCCGAAGAACCUGAGUCAGGUGGUGAGGAAAGUAGUAAGGAUUCACCUGCACUUGUUGUAGAUGAAGAAGCUGCUGAUGGUAAGAAGGAUAGUGGGAGUGGAACUACUCAGCCCACCACAAUAGCUGAAGGUGGUGAAAUUCAGGUUGCUGGAGAUGAUGUUCCUGCUCUUGAGCUAACUUUGGAAGAACAACCUGAAGCUAUGACCUUACAAGCACUUGUGAAAGAAUGUGUGAGAGUGUCAUGCAACUCUUGUGUGUUUUGCAAUCAUGCAAAGAAAAUUGCAGUAAAUGGUUCACAACUCGCUCUCCAUUUACUUGCUGAGCACCGUUUUGAGCCAGUUGUUUGUACAGAUACAGCUGACCUGAAACCAGUACCUGCUGAUGGAUUCACAGCAAGGCUUAAAGAGGCUGUGCAUAAUCUCCACGAAGCAUUCUUCAAUACUGAUUCAUAUGAUAGUACAGCUGAACCGUCAGAAGCAUCAACUGCUGAGCAGGGUGAUAGUUCUCAUGUUUAUGACCGUAGCUAUGAGUGUUUCCACUGUCAUUUUGUUACAACAUUACACAAAGAGUUAUAUGUCCAUAAUCGUAAAAUGCAUCAAAAAACAAUAUUGCUUUGUGUUAUGUGCAAAUCAAACUUCUAUAGCUACAGUGAACUAUUGUGCCACAUAUGCCCCGGUUUAUAUGCACCUGAUGCUGAUAUCUCAUUCCGCUGCUGUCUUUGCUCAGUAGACAAGUUACCUUCAGCUUUUCGAUUGAUGGUGCAUCUUCGGAAGCGCCAUCAUGCGUGUGAUGUCUGUCUGGAGGCGACAGGUGACCAACAACGUCUCUCAAACCACGUUUGGAAACACAAGCUUCACCACUUGUGCUAUAGGUGUGGAAUUGCAUAUAGAAAUAAACCUGAUAUCACCAAGCAUCUAUUUUGGAAGCAUGGUACUGAGAGUGUGCUUUGCAAGAAGUGCUUGCAAAAGAAAUGGCCUCAUGUAUACCAUUUCUGCAUUCCUCCAACAGCAUUUAACUGUGAAGAAUGUGGUACUAGCUUUGCGCGAGCCGUUGCACUGAAGGUACAUCGUCGUCUGCAUUCUGGUGAUCGCCCUUAUACUUGUGAAGACUGUUCGGAUUCUUUUAUUUCACGCAAAUUACUGGCUCGACACCGGCGUCUAAAACAUGCACCACCUGAACCGUUACCUCCACUGCCAUCAUCACUGGAGAAGAAUGCUAUUACACACAGUGAGCGAGAAUUUCCAGCUACGUUAGAUGCAGAGGACAGCUCCAUUAGAGAUGCUGAAACAGAUAAAAAUCAGUCAUCAUUGGAAAACGAGACGUCAGUUAAUUUAGAUAAAAGAACUGAUAACCAAAUGUCUGGCCCCGGAGAAAAAGAAAGUGAUGUUGCAGUAAAGAAAAACAAGGUUAUGGAUGUAUAUGAUCUUCCGCCAUUGAAUCUCUCUUCGGACAGUGAUGAUUCGGAUGAACCAAAUACCAAAGAUAGUAAAACUGUGACGUCUCCUCCUGCUGCUGUUUCUACUCCAGAGGUGAAAGAUUCUGAAACAGAAGUAAAACCUGAGCCACCAGUUUCUGACAAUGUUGUGGGUGAAGAGGAGGAACCAGCCCCUGUGCAAAUAAUUGAUGGUAUCUGGGAUAAUUUUAAAAACUACAAAGCAAGUCUCGAGCGCAAAGAACAAGAAGCAGCAGCUGUUGCAACGGGGUCAUACAGCACUUCGCAUGCCAUUGAAGUAAUUAUGUCAGAUCAUGACUACUGUGUGGUUAGCAAGCCCAGUAACUUAGGAAGUGUAGAUGAUACUGGGUCUGUUGAUGAUGCAUCUAUUGGUGGUUUAACAAGUGCAGAAGGACCCAAUGUGAGUGAUAAGACAAUGGAGGGAGAUAAAGAUUCAGGAUCAAAUACAGACAGUUCACCUGAAACUAUGGAAGCCACAGACAAUGGAAAUAGAUCAAAGGUUGUAGCGGCUGACAGUGGAUCUGCAGUGCCCACUAAUGUUGGAAGAUUAAGAGUAUUAGCAGGCGCUGAGAAAAUAUUAACACCAUUAUCAGACACAGGAAGGUUACCUGGAGGGACAACAGAGACCACCUCGUCAGUUGCAUCCGGAACCCCACCACAACCCAGCAACCCAUCUACCACUGCAUCCUCUAAGAAGCGGACAAAACAGGCACGUAAGCGGCAGAAACGUGAAGGGGCUAGCUCGUCGUCUAGUUCCUCCAGUAGUGAUAGUGAUUCAUCUAGCUGUAGUUGUGGAACAAACUGUAGUUGUAGCAGCAGCAGUUCAAGCAGCUCAGGUUCUUCUUCAAGCAGUUCAGACUCGGAUAGUUCGACAUCAGAAGGACGCAGACGACAGGCUGCGAGACGAGAGAGGCGGCGUGAGAGGGCACGGAAGAAAGCUGCUGCUGCUUCUGCUUCUGCUGCUGCUGCUGCAUCUGCUGCAGCUACAGCUGCAACAGCUGCAGCCACUGUGGCUGCUACUUCUGGUGAGGCAACAGCAGAAGUGAGCAGAACCCCAACUGCAAAUUCUGUACCAGUUGCCCCAUGUGACACAGAACGAGAACAUGCAGAUGGCGUAAUUCAUGAGUCUGAUCUCGACACGGACGAGACCGAGACAGAUGAGGAUUUCUACGACCAGCAUCCUCAGCGACAAGCCAAUAGACUACUUGCUGAGAAAAGAAACCGCUUGAUGUUACUGGCAGCUGUUGCUCCAGCCAGCAAUGGAACAGCUCAGUUGGCACAACAACUACAAGAACUGAAUCAGCAACAGCAGCAGCAUCAUCAGCAUCAAGAACAGCAUCAGUACCAGAGGCAAGAAGAGGUACAGCAACAGCAGCAGCAGCAACACCACCACCACCACCACCAUCACCAUCACCAACAACAACAACAACAACAACAACAAGACGACCAACAGCAGAUACAGCAAGUGCCACCACAGCAGACAUUGCAACAGAUGCAGCCACAACAUCAUGUAAGAAUAGGGUCUGGUACUCUUUCAGGAGAGUCAAGGAAAAUCAGGACCAGAAAAAGGAAGCGUGCUGUGCUUACAGAUGCGAGAACAGGGUCAACGUCUUUAGCUGCCAGUUCAGAGAUGGCUGUGCGACCUUUGGGUACAUUGCCAUUGACCACAUAUCGGGACUCAUCUGGUGUUGUCACUCAGACUCCUAUAUCUGAAAGCACUUCUGUAACGUCUACAACUUCUGCAGUUCGGACAACUGGAGGCAGUGGUUCAGAGGGUGAAAAUAAAAGACUGUCAAAGAGGCGACGUGUACCAAAGCGCUUCUAUGGAGAUUCUAGUGAUGAGGACGGGGAGACACCUGUGACACCACAACCGAAAUGGCGCAAGACUGGUAGUAGUGGUGGUGGUGGUGUUGGUGGUAGCAGUGCAUCUGUUGUUUCCGUUGGUGCGCCACAUACGCCAUCUCAUGUACCUGAACCACCGCAUCUUCCAAUCAGACAACAGGUAACAUUACCAUCAGCAGCUGCCCUUUUGUCUUCUGCUCGAAGUGUUGCUGCAGGAAGACGACCUGUCGAGACAAUGGGUCACAGUACCUCAUCAAGCUCCUCUUCAUCUUCAGGAAGUGACGAUGCAGACUCCAAUUAUGAGAGUGCUUCAGACGGUGGAGGUGGAGGUGGUGGUGGAGGGGGUGGCAGUGGCAGUGCGGUUGGUGCUGGUGUAGGUAGUGUGACAGUUGCAAGAACAGGUGGCACUGCAGGAGCAGAGGUGGAAAACUCAGGAAAUAAGAGUGAGAACUUAUACUGUUAUUGUCAGUGUCCGUAUGAUGAGGUUUCUGAAAUGAUUGCUUGUGAUGGCAAAGACUGUCAAAUUGAAUGGUUUCACUUUGAGUGUGUGGGAAUUAUGGUACCACCUAAAGGAAAAUGGUUUUGCCCUGACUGUCGUAAGAAAUCAUCUGCCUCAAGAAGUGGUGAAUACUUGCUGCAUGCGUAGGUUUUGUGUGACAACUGAUAAAGAUUGCUUGUCUUAGAUUUGCCAGAAGUGGACCAAUUCGGGCAAGCUAAUAUUGUUGUGCAUCUGAUUUAUAUAGACUGUGUGUGUGUGUGUGUGUGUGUUUGUGUGUGUGUGUGUGUUGUAUUGUAUUGUAUUGUAUUGAAUUGAAUUGAAUGUAUGUAGUCAUGAGUGGGUGUUUUCAGCUGGAAUUUGAUGAUGCAUUUUCCAGAAAGUGGAUGGAAGUCCAAUAAGUUUUGUUAUAUACAGUAGUGUCUCAGCUAUCUGCCAUCUUGUAAAUAAUUUUAGUGUUUCUAUGUCGGAUCAAAUUUUGUUUCUUUCUUUUUUGUCCUGUCUUCAUCAAAUGUUGCAGUAUUCAGUGAGUUAAAAUGAAAUUUACAGGAAUGUGUAUAUUUUAUUGAAAUGAUAAUUAAGGAUCUGACAAAUUUCCUCGUAUAUUGAGAUCAGCGUUUUUCCACUGUGUUAAGAGAAAGGAUGAAUUCAUUGUGAUAUUAUGUAUGUUCAUGUGAACACUAUUUAAAUAAUAUAAAACAUGCUUUACUGUUAACUGUGUGUAUACAAGUAUUUUUAUUUUAAAUAUUAGUCAGAAAACUUUUAUUAGUUAAGCAAGAAACUAUGCCAGAAAAUAUGAUAUGUAGAAAACACUGUACAUAUUGAAUACUUAAAUACCAUUAAUGUUGAUGUAGGUAAUAAAAAUGGUAUAUUGUAAACAUUUUAAUUAAACUGUUUAAAUCACAGAGUAAAAAGUUUUAAUAUAUACUAUCUUGUAAAUUUACUGAUAAUCCAUGUAUUUCUACAUAAUUACCUGUAACUGCAUAUUUCUUAUUACAUGGAUAUAAAUGUUUGUUUAUAAUUCAUUAGGUCAGUGUAUAGAGUUUCCUGUUUAUAUUCCUGGAACUCCCAGAAUAUCUUCAGCAAGCUGAUUGUAUGAUAAGACCUGUCAGACAAAAAGAGAUUGUAAUUAUUUUCUCAUAAUUGUACACCUGUUUCAAAGCAGCUAACAUACUUGCCAAGUCCAUGUACUUUAUUCUGAAACUGGCUGCAGUUGGAAUUUUUAUUUUUUGAGCUUCUGGAAGAGACUGUUAGUGAAACUAAAUAAGAAGUUGGGGCAGUCUAAUUGCUAAA